GUUUUGAAAGCUACAAUCUUGCACCUCAUUGAGAGAGGUGAAAAGGAGCUAAAAUAUAUGGUGCGCUUGCCGUUAACAGACAUGACCCUAAGCACCUGUCAUUUUAGUCUUACACAGCUCAGUGAGGUGCACAUUAUUCCGAUUUUACAGGUUGCAAAUUUUGCCUAAUAUGAAAUGGCAGAUAGCCAACUAAAAUUCCAAUUUCAUUUGAGGUGUCAUUCUUAAGGCAUAUCAGCAUUAAGGUUAUUUAGAUAACAAGCAUGUGUAAUAACUGUUUUAUGUACUGUUUUUUCAGGGGCAGGUUUGCCACUCUUAGGUGACUAAGCAGUUCAACAAAUAACCAGCGACAUUACAAAUAAUUAGGCUUAACUGAGAGGACGUGGGAUUCCUCCUAGUGUACAAUGGAUUCCACCACCGAUGAGGUUACUGUGGCAAGCCUACAAGUGGAUGUUACUGGAGACAGUGCUGAUGAAAGUGCUAUUCAUGAACAGAGCACCAUUCUUUAUGACUUUACAGAGGAAAAUAGUCAGGAAAAUGUUCAAGUAGCUACAUUCCAGAUUGAAGACGCAAUAAAAGCACUUAUGGAAAUCCUUGGCUAUUGUCAGGUUAUACAUCUUGCUGUUCGACAACUGAAUAACAGGUGUGAUAUGAUUGAUAAAAGAAUGUUGAGAAUUCGGCGCUCUCGAGCCAGAGUAUCUUGGUUCCGUCAUAAGCAACGUUUAAUAAAACGUAACAACCGCAAAGCUCCUGAAGAAGUGCAAACCGAGGAAACAGAGCUGUCAGGGCGCUGCAGUACACUUUGCCACUCUGUAAGUUACAGCCCAACAUCACCAGUUCGCAGACCACAAGAUAGUGGUGAAGAAAACAUGACGCCAUCUGAUACUUACGGAGAAUUACCAGAAGAUCAGGAGGAACCGGAGCAAUUCUACGAGGAGCAGGAGCCAUAUGGUGGCUCACCAACUCCUUCCCCAGGCAGUGUUACUAGAGAAAUAGCAUAUGAAAAUAUGUCCGGGCCUCACUUGUUCAGCCCCACAAUUCCUAACAAUAGUGCCUUCUCUGAAGAAAUUUCCUCAAUAGCAUCUGAAACACCUCUCACCGAGGGAGAACCUGAUCUGACACCUAUCUUCUACCUGAGCAGCCAAGAUGGAGAGCCUGUUACAUCAUCUUUCCAAAAUCCGUUUGGUUUUACUACAAGUACUCCAGUUGAAUCGAAUGCUGGAGAUCUGACUCAAACCUUGACUAAUGACCCUUCAAGCUGGUCUGUAGAAGAUGUGAUCCAGUACCUGAACCAUGAAGAUCCUCACAUGUCAGACUCCAUCUCCAUCAUCCUUAGGAGACAUGAAAUUGAUGGAAGAGCCCUGCUACUACUCAAUAACGAGAUGGUCAUGAAGCAUAUGGGCUUGAAGCUGGGGCCAUCCCUGAAGCUAUGUCACUACAUUGAAAAGCUUAAAGAAGAAAAUUUCUAAGUGUCUUCAGAAAUUUGGAUGAAUUUACCAGUUCGUUUUUCUUGUU